CCGGGCCGGGCCGGGAUGUGGAGUGUGGCGUCGGUCAGGCGUGUGGUGACGGUCGUGGGGGCCUCCGCCUGCAGGAGGCUCCCGGAGUUUGCAACCAAACAGCAGCCGGUCGUUCGGCGGAGUGGGCGGUGGUUUUCCAGUAUCCCGAAGGAGAGUGGAAAGCCCGAGCGGAAUGGAGAGGUGGCGGUGCGGGAAGGACGCCCAGCUUUCAAAUUACCAGGGCACAAGCCUUCAAAUUUUGAUAAAAAAUUUUUGAUAUGGACUGGUCGUUUCAGACGAGAGGAGGAUAUUCCAUCAGUGGUUUCAGUUGAGAUGAUCCAUGCCGCAAGGAACAAAAUGCGAGUGAAAGCCUGUUAUUUAAUGGUGGUCAUGACUAUUGUUGCUUGCAUUGGAAUGAUCAUAUCGGGGAAGAAUGCUGCAAGGAGACACGAAUCACUUACAGCCAUAAAUUUGGCAAAGAAAGCCCAGUGGAGAGCGAGUAUGCAAGAAGAGAAUGUUACAAAAAGCCAGUGAUUGGAGUGUGGACUGAAACCCAAAUAUGUCCCAAUCAACUUCAUAUUUGUGUAUGGAUACGUUGUAUAUUACUGGUACAGAAUAUUUUGCUGUUUAAGUGUCAGGCUUCCUAGUACAGUAAUCAGUUUAUAAAAUAUUAAUAUUGCCAAAAUGGUUAGGUGUAAGAAAUGUUUAUGAAAUCUGAGUUAUUUGUGUACAGAAACUUUGUACAAAACUAUUGCUACCUUCCCUUCACUAAUUUGUAUUUUCAGCUAUCUUUUUGUUAAAGAUCCAGAACCAUUUAAGAAUAAUAAUUGCUUUGCUGAAGUUCUGUAUGAGAAACACUUACAAAAUAAAAGUCUCAUAGCUUGUACUUUCCAAAGUAUUUCUCCUGUGUUUCAUGUUCAACAGUUAUCUAAUUAAACUACAUAUUGUAUAAACUGUACACAAUCCUAAAAAAAAGUAUUUUUCUUAUAACUAAAUUCUUGUUUUACUCAAACUUAAGAGUUGUUGAUGGGAACUAAUUUUUUUUUAAAGUUUAGUGACCUUCUCUUACUUAACACCAACUUAUUAGAUCUGCAUUAUACAUUGUUCUUACAGUCACUGAAAAGUAAACAUAAUUGCAAAAGCUAUGGAUCUUUUGCAUCAGAACUAUCAACUAUCACCAUACACUACUUUGUUAACUUGCUUCACCAAUCCCUUUGCCAAUGUACUGUAGCUAUCUUUUAUUUCAAAAUACUCAUAAAAGCUAUCCUCGUUACACAGUCCCAAAUGCAAAACAAAUUCUUUAAUAAAACCUUUGCUGACGUUCUUGAAACUGUAAAGAUUCUGCUCUUUGGACUGAACAGGAAAAAUUUCCAAUGACUGAUGGCCUCUGAUUCUGUAGGUUUGAUACUCCUUGUAUGUAUUAUAUAAAAUAUAAAUGUAAAUUUCAUAAUAAAGAUCAGCACAUAAUC